AUAAUGUAUUAUAGGUAUUGAUCGUAUGUUGUUAUCUAUAAUACAUGAGAAAUCAAAAGAUUUGUUAUUCAAGUAAUUUCUUAUUUUAUAAAAAGUAUUAUUUCAUAUUUUAUUUAACAAUACAAAUAUAUAAACAUGGGUGUACCAGCAUUUUUCCGCUGGUUAAGUCGAAAGUAUCCAUCAGUUAUCAUUGAAUGUAUAGAGCAGAAGCCUAUUACUAUUGGUAAAGAUUCGAUUCCUGUUAAUAGUACAGAACCAAAUCCAAAUGGUGUCGAAUUUGACAAUUUGUAUUUAGAUAUGAAUGGUAUUAUACAUCCUUGUACACAUCCUGAAGAUAAACCCGCACCAAAAACUGAAGAUGAUAUGAUGGAAGCUAUUUUUGAAUGUAUCGAUAGAUUAUUUCGUAUCGUAAGGCCAAGAAAGUUAUUAUAUAUGGCUAUCGAUGGUGUUGCACCUAGAGCUAAAAUGAAUCAGCAGAGAUCUAGGCGCUUUAGAGCAUCUAAGGAAACGCGUGAAAAAUUAAUCGAAGUAGAUAGAAUUCGUUCAGAAUUAAUUCUAAAAGGAAUUAAUAUACCACCGACUAAAUUAACGGAAGAACAUUUUGAUAGUAAUUGCAUUACGCCUGGUACACCUUUUAUGGCACGCUUAUCAUUGUGUCUUCAUUACUAUAUACAUCUUAGAUUAAACAAUGAUCCUGGAUGGAAAAAUAUUAAGGUUAUACUUAGCGAUGCUAAUGUUCCAGGAGAAGGAGAACAUAAGAUUAUGGAUUAUAUUAGACGACAAAGAGCGCAACCAGAUCAUGAUCCAAAUACUCAACAUGUUUUGUGUGGAGCCGAUGCUGACUUAAUUAUGUUAGGAUUAGCUACUCAUGAACCCAAUUUUACUAUUAUUCGUGAAGAAUUUAAACCAAAUAAGCCAAAACCUUGUGAUAUUUGUGGUCAAAUGAAUCAUGAUAUGAAGGACUGUCAGGGUCUUGCGUCUACUUUGGAAGACAACAAAAUUUUUGGAUCAGAAUGUCAAUUUAUAUUUGUUCGCCUGAAUGUUCUUCGAGAAUAUUUAGAACGAGAAUUAGAAAUGCCUAAUUUACCUUUUAAAUAUGAUUUCGAAAGAGCUCUCGAUGAUUGGGUAUUCAUGUGUUUUUUUGUAGGAAAUGAUUUUCUACCCCAUUUACCAUCAUUAGAAAUCAGAGAAAAUGCUAUUGAUAGACUUGUGAAUUUGUACAAAAAAACUAUUUACAAGACCAAAGGCUUUUUAACAAAUAGUGGUGAUGUAUGUUUAGAUAGAGUACAAUUAAUUUUAUCUGAUCUUGGUAAGGUAGAAGACGAAAUUUUUAAGAAACGGCAACAGAAUGAAUUAGCUUUCAAAGCACGUGAAAGAAAUAAGAAUAGGAGAAAUGAGAUUAUUAGUAAUUAUAAGCCAAAUUGGACACCAGUUGGUCAGUUUGCACCAAAUCAUUUAGGAAAACAAAUUAAACCUAUUGUAAAUGCUCGAUAUGAAGCAUAUCAAAUGCGUAUGCAUGGUAGAAAUUAUAAUACAAGCGCUGAAGAACAUACAUCUCAAGGCACUAAUUCGACUUUGGCUGUAGAUAAAAAAGUUUCCAAGGACGGAAGUUCAGAAAAUCAAGAAAGUAGUGCGAAUAAUAUUAUGAAAAACGAGGAGGAAUCGGAUGAAGUAAGACUUUGGGAAGAUGGUUUUAAAGAUCGGUAUUAUGAAUCUAAAUUUAAUGUACUGCCAGAUAAUUUAGCGUUUAGAAAUAACGUAGCUCUUCAAUAUGUACGAGGAUUAUGUUGGGUUUUGCGAUAUUAUUAUCAAGGUUGUGCUUCGUGGAAAUGGUACUUUCCAUAUCAUUACGCUCCAUUUGCAAGUGAUUUCAUUAAUAUCAGUGGUCUUUCAACUGAAUUUGAAAAAGGAACUGCUCCUUUUCGUCCACUUGAACAGUUGAUGAGUGUAUUUCCAGCUGCAAGUUGUAACCAUGUACCAUCUUCAUGGCAAAAAUUAAUGAAAGAUCCUAAAUCAACAAUCAUAGAUUUUUAUCCGAUAGAUUUUAAAAUCGAUCUGAAUGGAAAAAAAUUUGCUUGGCAAGGAAUAGCUCUUCUUCCAUUUGUCGAAGAAGAAAGACUUUUCAAAGCAUUAGAACCAUAUUAUAAUUUACUAUCGGAAGAAGAAAAGUUGCGAAAUAUUCGAGGUAAUGAUGAACUUUAUAUUGGACCAGACAAUAAGGAAUAUGAUUUUCUUAAAAAUUUAUAUCGUGACAAAAUUGAUUAUGAUGCCGAAAUUGAAAUUAGCAUAGAUGGCAUGCGAGGUACUAUUUUAUUGUCUGAAAAUUGUAUUAGCGAAGGUGCAACACUUCCUUCACCUAUCAAUACAAUACCUGUUAGAAAUAAUAAAAUUAUUUGCGUCAAAUUUAAAGAUCCGAAAUUUGGAAGCGAUUACAUAUUUUCUGCAAAACGAUUAGAAGGGGCUGAAGAACCACCUAGAGUUUUAAAACCUCAAGACUUUGAUCAAAUGAAUCAUGGUAAUAAUCAAUGGAGACCACAAACUGGUUUUGUUCCUUCUAAUAAAGUGGCCUUCUUAGAUGAUCCAGGUCAUCGAAUGUUAAGACAUCACGUGUACAACCCAAGAAACAGAUCACCAGGUGUUUAUGGACGUGUACCCCCACCUUCAUCUGUACAGCAAAUGUCUCAAAUCCCUCAAGGUGAAUAUCCGUCAAAUUACCAAAAGAAUUUGAGAAAUCAUUCUGGUUAUCAAUCCAAUCAAUUACGAUUCAAUUCUUAUCCACAACCUGGUCCAUGGGCAGAUGGUUAUAUGCAGCAUCAUGUAAUGCAACAAAGUUCUCAUCAAUCCUCGUAUAACAACUAUAUGAUGCAACAACGACAACAACAUUUAAUAGAAUCGUAUCAAAAUCAAUAUCCCUCGCCAAACAGGAAUUUCAAUCUACAAUCACAACAAAAUUAUGGAUAUAACAAUUAUCAAGGUGAUAAUAAUUGGAGACACCAAUAAAUUAAAACUUCUAUUGCUGAAGUUUGAGGAUCAAUGCGUGUGUGUAUAAGGGCUCGUUAUUCUUACGAAGAUUAAA